GUCAAAGCAAGGACAGGACUCCAAGUAAAAUGUUUCUCCAUUUUGGAAUAUUACUCCUUCUGUCCCAAGGACUCCUUGGCGAAGUGGACGUUUCGGAAGCUAUAGAUGGAGACAGCCGAAUAAUCGGUGGCCAAGAUGCCACUCCAGGCAUGGCUAACUACCAAGUUUCAUUGCGUAGUCAUAGACGAAAAGAAGAAUGGCACAGUUGCGGAGGUUCUAUUUUAAACGAAGAGUACGUGUUAACAGCCGCUCAUUGCGUUUAUCAGAAAAAUAUAAAAGGGAUGUCGAUAGUGGUUGGCAGUCACACGAUCGAUAAAGGAGGCGACCGUUACAAGAUUAAAAAAUAUGUGGUUCAUAAAAAGUAUUCUGAGGAGACUCUAAAGAAUGACAUAGCCAUCCUUCAGAUCGAAGGCAAAAUCAAAUUCAGCGAUAAGGUUCAACCGAUUGAAUUGUUAAAAGAAAUGGCACCUAUUGGAAAGAAAUGUCUCUUGACUGGCUGGGGAUACGUAGACUAUCACAGGCAAACUAUACCAAACAAUCUUCAAAUGUUGGAGUUCGAAACAAUAAGCAAUAACGACUGCAAUGAACAAUUAAAACGUGUGCCUUACCUUUCGCGUUAUCUGCCCAUAGACGACGGACAACUUUGCGUUAAGCGCCCGAACGACAAAGGUGCAUGCCAUGGUGAUUCUGGUGGACCUCUCGUCAUUCAGGACGAUAAGAACAAAACUCUUCAAAUAGGAGUCGUGUCCUGGGGAAUUCCUUGCGCCAAAGACUUUCCUGAUGUAUUUGCUUCAGUCCAUGGUUUCUACGAUUGGAUACAGAGCAUAAUUAAAUGAAUUAUUCAAUUAUUCAAU